UAUUUUUCUUCUUACUGGCAGUAAAGGUUCAUAGCGCCACCCACUUUACCGUAGAAUGUAGUGUGGGCCAUAGGGCAUAACGAGGAAAUCCCGUUAGGAACCUGUGGAGGGCAGCAGUGUGCCUGACAUGCUCUACUAGUCUGCUGGAAAUAGAAAGAAGAAGAGAAAGGAGGAAAAGGCAAAAUGGCGUUCGACGGAGAACGGCUAAACGCGGGAAUUAAAGUCAUGUAUUUUUAGUUAGUGUAUAUACGUAGACAUGUAUGCAGUCUCAAAGAUUAAAUAUACCUAAUAAUUGUUUGUAGUCGGAUACAUUAGUCCGAGCGUACUUUGACAAGUCUCGUGCUAGCUUAGUUUGCUAGUUAGCUUAGCUUGUUAGCUGCUAACAAAGAGACGUGGAAGUUAUCAACACAUCGCUAAAGGCCUACUGAAAUGAGAUUUUCUUAUUUAAACGGGGAUAGCAGGUCCAUUCUAUGUGUCACACUUGAUCAUUUCGCGAUAUUGCCAUAUUUUUGCUGAAAGGAUUUAGUAGAGAUAAUCGACGAUAAAGUCCGCAACUUUUGGUCGCUAAUAAAAAAGCAUUGUCUUUACCGGAAGUAGCAGACGAUGUGCGCGUGACGUCACGGGUUGUAGGGCUCCUCACAUUCUCACAUUAUUUAUAAUGUGAGCCUCCAGCAGCAAGAGCUAUUCGGGCGGAGAAAGCGACAAUUUCCCCAAUAAUUUGAGCGAAGAUGAAAGAUUUGUGGAUGAGGUUAUUUAGAGUAAAGGACUAGAAAAAAAAAAGGUGAUUGCAGUGUGAACGAUUCAGAUUUUUUUAGACACAUUUAGUAGGAUAAUUCUGGGAAAUCCCUUAUCUGCCUAUUGUGUUGCUAGUGUUUUCGUGAGUUAAAUAGUACCUGAUAGCCGGAGGUAUGUGCCCACAGGGUGUGUUGACGCCAGAGUCUGUGAUUGAAGUCACGAAGCUGCAGCAGGACAGAAGUUCCGCUGAUCUCCGAUAAGAGGCGACUUAUUACCACAAUUUUCUCACCAAAAACUGCCGGUUGACAUGUAGUCGGGAUCCAUGUUUGCUUGACCGCUCUGAUCCAUAGUAAAGCUUCGCUUCCGGGAAUUUUAAACAAGGAAACACUGUGUGUUUGUGUGGCUAAAGGCUAAAAGCUUCCCACCUCCAUCUUUCUACUUUGACUUCUAAAUUAUUGAUUGAACAAAUUGCAAAAGAUUCAGCAACACAGAUGUCCAAAAUACUGUGUAAUUGGGCGAUGAAAAGAGAUGACUUUUAGCCGUAAGUGGUGCUGGGUUAAUAUGUCCCCUCCAACCAAUAACGUCACAAACAAGCGUCAUUCCGCGACAUUUUCAACUGGAAACUCUGCGGGAAAUUUAAAAUUGUAAUUUAGUCAACUAAACCGGCCGUAUUGGCAUGUGUUGCAAUGUUAAUAUUUCAUCACUAGUAUAUUAACUAUGUUAAGAUUUCAUCAUUAGUAUAUAAACUAUCAGACUGUGUGGUCGGUAAUAGUGGGUUUCAGUAGGCCUUCAAGCAGAGAUCAAGUGUGAGUAAAGUGUUGUGAUUGUGUGAAAAUGUGCGAAAGAAUGAUAACAGAGUACGAAGAGGAAUUGUGUCCAACAAAAGAAAAGAAUGGGGUGGACGCUGUUUUCAAGAAACAUCAAGUUGUUGAGCACGGAACAGACGUCCAGCAGCCCCCCCACAUUAAAGAGGAAGAUCUACUUCCCCCUAUUUUAAAAGAGGAGGAUGCAGAGCCAUCCCACAUUAAAGAGGAAGAGGAGGAAGUGUGGAUCACUCAGGAGGAAGUGUGUCUCCUUGAGCAGCAGGGGGCUGAUCUCUCCAAGUUUCCACUGACUGUUGUCUCUAUGAAGACAGAAGACCAUGAAGACAAACCACUUGAGUUCCCAAAGCUUCAUCACAGUCCAAAUGUCUAUGAAGAUCAUCUUCUCCCUGAGCACCAGGAGUGGAGCUUCAGGAUGGAGCAGGAGGAGCUACAGACCUCCCACAUUAAGGAGGAAGACGAAGCGUCACAGACUCCUCUCGUUAAAAACGAAGAGGAAGAUCUACGGACCCCCUUCAUCAAAGAUGAAGAGGAGGAAAUCAGCAUCAAUCAGAAGGGAGAGCAUCUUGAAUGGUUGGAGGAGUUCCCAGUGAUUGGUGUGAUCGUGAAGAGUGAAGAUUAUGAGGUAAAAGUUGAAAGUGAGGAGAAGAGAGUGGUGGAGCCACCAAGCAGCAGCUCAACUCAACACAUGACAACAGAAGUUGAUGGAGACCACACUGAGGAUAAAGACUCUAAAGAUGAUAAGACAUAUCACACUGACAACACACGCUUUAAAUGUUCUGACUGUGACAAAACUUUUAAACUCCCUAGUGGUCUUAAAAGACACAUGAGAAUACACACUGGAGAAAAACCCUUUUCCUGCUCAGAAUGUGGUAAAAGUUUUUUACGAAAAUAUGUGUUGAAUGAACACAUGCUAAGACACUCUGGAGAAAAGCCUUUUUCUUGUUCAAUCUGCGGUAAAGAUUUUAUACAAAGUCACUAUUUGAAAGUACACAUGAGAUUACACACCGGAGAAAAACCAAACACCUGUUCAAUCUGUGGUAAAGGUUUUGUAAGACGUUCCAAUUUGAAAGCACACAUGAGAACACACACUAGAGAAAAACCCUUUUCCUGCUCGUUAUGUGGUAAAGGUUUCGCUCAAAUAAAUUUGUUGAAAGAACACAUGCAAAUACACACUGGAGAAAAACGUUUUUCCUGCUCAGCAUGUGGUAAAGGUUUUGCACGGACACUUUUGUUGAAAGAACAUAUGAGAAUACACACCGGAGAAAAAACAUUUUCCUGCACAGUAUGUGUUAAAAGCUUUGCCCGAAAGAUAUUGUUGAAGGAACACUUCAGAACACACACUGGAGAAAAACCUUUUUCCUGCUCGGUAUGUGAUAAAGGUUUUGCUCACAAAAGUUUGUUGAAAGAACACAUGCAAAUACACACUGGAGAAAGACCUUUUUCCUGCUCAGUUUGUGGUAAAGGUUUUUCACGGAAACAUUUGUUGGAAGAACACAUAAGAAUACACACAGGAGAAAAACCUUUUUCUUGCUCAGUAUGUGGAAAAGGCUUUGCCGGUAAGAAAUUGUUGAAGGAACACUUGAAAACACACACUGGAGAAAAACCUUUUUCCUGCUCAGCAUGUGGUAAAGGUUUUGCACGGACACAUAUGUUGAAAGAACACAUGAGAAUACACACGGGAGAAAAACCUUUUUCCUGCUCAGCAUGUGGUAAAGGUUUUGCACGGAACCAUUUGUUGACAGAACACAUGAGAAUACACACAGGAGAAAAACCUUUUUCCUGCUCAGUAUGCGGUAAAAGCUUUGCCCGAAAGAAAUUGUUAAAGGAACACAUGAGAACACACACUGGAGAAAACCCUUUUUCCUGUUCAAUCUGUGGUAAACGUUUUGCUCGCUCAACUAUGUUGAAAGCACACAUGAGAACACACACAGGUGAGAAAGUGUUGAGUUGCAGUGUGUGCGGUGAAAGAUUCUCUUAUAAGUACCAGUGUAAGAAACACACGUGUGCUGGUGAGAACAGCAGCAGCAAAUGAAGUCAAAACUUUGUCAACUUUGACUUUCGAACAUCAGUACAUUUAACAUGUGUGACAUCAUUGUUGUGUAACACCAUCCAUGCAUUCAUUUUCUACUGCUUUUCCCUUUCAAACUUGUUAAUAUGCUUCUACCAUUUAUAACUAGAUAAUUCAGAUUAUGGCUUUUUACAGUCAAGUACAUGGAUUGAUAUAUAACAUUGAACAGAGCAAUUUAACUGUAAAGGUGACAGUAAACUUGCACAAAACAUGUGACAUACUUUAAUCAUAGUAUGUGUAUAUAUAUUUUAAUCAUUCACUUUUAUAUUUACAAGAGUUUUGUAUAUGUAUUUGAAAUAAUGUAGUGUUACUUUUUUAUUUAUUUAUAACUGUAAAUGAUUCCAUAGAUAAACUCCUUUAUUUCCAUCUAUCCAUUUUCUACCGUGUGUCCUUUUCGGGAUCGCGGGCGGUGCUGGAGCCUAUCUCAGCUCCUUUAUUUGAAAAAACAUAUGUGUUUUACAUUUUUAAUUGUAUUAUUGAGUGAAAAUGACUGCAUUUUAUUUCCAUGGGGAACUCCGAAAUCACAGGAUGCCGAUGAUGCACAUUCCAUUUUGUUGUUUAUCCUCAAAAUGAAAAUGAUAUAAAAAAUCGGAUUUACAUAUUGCAUUUCUAUUGUUUCAUCAAUGCAACGAGAUAUAAUAAAUUACUAUUGUAAAGGAA